AAUCAGCCAAUCAAUCAGUUUAUUCACUGGAUUUAACAAUUUCAUCAUUAAUUCACAAAUACAUUUUGUUACAAUUACUCUACACAAGUGAAAAGGAAGAAGAAAAAGUCUUGUAAAAACAAAAAACAGCCAUGUACAAUAUUUCUUCGUUUGGAUUUAGACUCUUUUGCAGAUUGGUGUCAGGAAAGGAUUUCCAGAUGUGGAAAUCUUUUCCUGUCUGUGCACCUGCUCCGGCCAAUAAGACUUUUAUUUUAAAUUACUUUUUUUUUAUUUCCUGUGAACCAGAGUUUAUGCUCCCGACAAAGACUUGGCUUUAUGUCAGUCUAAAUCUUAUUUACAUAUACAUUACAUACACUAUAUCAAUGUUGACCAAAAUGCUUUACAAAAGGGUAAAAACAAAAAAAGUUCAGAAGACACCAUUCGUCGUCAUUGUUGUCUUGCGCUUAUCAGGGACUGGGUCAUGGGUCAGCAGUCUCAGCAGAGGCGCCCAGACUUCCCUCUCCCAAAACAUCUCCUCCAGCUCUUCUUGGGGAAGCCUGAGGCGUUCCCAUGCCAUCUUGGAGUUCCUCCAGUGUGUCCUGAGCUGACUCCUGGGUCUCCUCUUGGAGGGAUGUGCCUGGAACACCUCCCAAGGGAGGUCAGUAAGAGCAAGAAAGUCUUUCACUAGUUGUCCAGACUUAUAAUCCACAUGUAUAGUAAAAUCACCAACAAAUAAACCAUGGUCAUGGUUAUGACCAUGGUUUAUUCGUGGACCAUAACAUAAGAGUCCAAGUCAGAAAAUUAAUUUAAAAAAAAUCACCACACCACAGAGUAUGUUCAUGUCUAAAGUCUUCAUGAAGUAACUUUGUUCUUAUACAGAAUUUUUCCUGGAAUGUUUAAAGUUGUUUUUAUGUUUUGACUUUAUGAAAAAUGCAUGCUUAGGCCAGAGGGGAAAGACUACACAGUUCAUCGUCUGGUUCUGGGAACCCACACAUCAGAUGAGCAUAACCAUCUUGUAAUAGCCAGCGUCCAGGUACCAAAUGAUGACGCCCAGUUUGAUGCAUCACACUACGAUAGUGAAAAAGGAGGUUGGUACACAAAAAAGCAUCUUGCAGUUUUAGGGCUAACUAUCUGUCUGUGGGACAUUGGGGCCAGCACAAAGGAAGGAAAGAUUGUAGACGUCAAGACCAUCUUUACUGGUCACACCGCAGUGGUGGAGGAUGUUUCCUGGCAUUUACUUCAUGAAUCUUUGUUUGGCUCUGUUGCUGAUGACCAAAAACUGAUGAUAUGGGACACUCGGUCUAACAACACUUCUAAAGCCAGCCACUCGGUUGAUGCCCACACUGCUGAGGUCAACUGCCUGAGCUUCAACCCCUACAGCGAGUUCAUUCCUGCUACAGGUUCUGCAGAUAAGACUGUUGCACUGUGGGAUCUAAGAAAUCUCAAACUGAAGCUCCACUCUUUUGAGUUCCACAAGGAUGAAAUUUUCCAAGUCCAGUGGUCUCCUCACAAUGAGACCAUCCUGGCCUCCAGCGGCACGGACCGACGUCUUAACGUUUGGGAUCUCAGCAAAAUUGGGGAGGAACAGUCUUCAGAGGAUGCUGAGGAUGGUCCACCAGAGCUUCUGUUCAUUCAUGGUGGCCACACAGCCAAGAUAUCGGACUUCUCCUGGAACCCCAAUGAAUCUUGGGUCAUCUGCUCAGUGUCUGAGGACAACAUCAUGCAAGUUUGGCAGAUGGCAGAGAACAUCUACAAUGACGAGGAGCCAGAUAACACCCCGACAUCAGAGCUGGAGGCUCAGGGAUGAUCACCCUGCUCUCCACAGCUCUGUCCAGACACAAUUCCUCCAUUCCCUAAGCCCUGGCUGCAUCUCAAGCUCCAAAUAAAGGCUGAGAUGUUAGAGAGCGUGCUCCAUUGUAUUGUUCACAGUUGGAUUCAGUAUCAUCGUGCUUCCAUCUGAGGCCAGGGUUCACAAAGAUGCGACUAAGCUCUGGACCCUGCAAGUGGUUCCUUGUUCAGCAUUAUCAGAAACAUUUUGUGGUUAAGGACAUUAUGUUGAUCAGAAAAUUCAUGCCUGCUCAAUUCUCUGAAUCUUGAAUACUGAAAAAUAAUCAAUUCCAACAAUAUUUAGAUGAAUGUUGGCUGACAGGAAGGAUGGAAGCUGUUGUACAUCUUUGUUUUCCACUUAUUGGAUAAGAUGGUUUACCUCUGUGCAAAUAUACAUUCCCAGCUGUGAAAAAAACCAAAACACUUGGCAGUUUGGGAUUAUUCAUUCAUUAUUACAUAAUGUAAAAUUCCAGUGAUGUUUCCAGCACCAAAAACCACAUGCAGCUUUUUUAAAAUGUUGCU